UGGGACUAUAUAUCUAUGCAGAUGUUAACUUGCAUUAUUUUCUGUUCUGUGUACAGGGGAUAUGUGGGGAUCCACAGUUCAGGAUUCAGGGACUUCCUCUUGAAGCCAGAGCUUUUACGUGCUAUUGUCGACUCGGGAUUUGAGCACCCGUCAGAAGUUCAACAUGAGUGUAUUCCUCAAGCUAUUCUUGGAAUGGAUGUCAUCUGCCAAGCCAAAUCUGGUAUGGGGAAAACUGCUGUGUUUGUGCUUUCAACAUUACAGCAGAUCGAACCAAUUGCAGGCCAAGUUGCUGCGCUUGUCCUGUGUCAUACAAGGGAAUUAGCUUACCAGAUUUGUCAUGAGUUUGAAAGAUUCAGUACAUACUUACCAGAUAUCAAAGUAGCUGUUUUCUAUGGCGGUGUCAACAUAAAAAUACACAAAGAUCUUCUGGAGUGCAGAUUAACUCGGUACAAGAGUUUCAAAGAAGGCCAUAAAAGGAUUUUGGUAGCUACAGAUUUAGUUGGUAGAGGAAUCGACAUAGAGCGAGUUAACAUUGUGAUCAACUACGAUAUGCCGGAUUCUGCAGACACUUAUCUACACAGGGUUGGCAGAGCAGGAAGGUUUGGCACCAAAGGGCUCGCUAUAACAUUUGUUUCAUCUGCAUCUGAUUCGGAUGUUCUCAAUCAAGUUCAGGAGAGGUUUGAAGUUGAUAUCAAGGAGCUUCCUGAGCAAAUCGAUACAUCGACAUACAUGCCGUCCUAAGGAGAGCCCACGCUCAAUAAUCCAUAUACCUGCUACGGUAGAUAUGAGCCAGUGGAUGUGAUCUUCUAGUUUCUCAAUUCCCCCGAACUAUCUAAGAUCGUUAAUUAGAGUAGUCGAGAGUGUGCUAUGCAUUGCUGGACCCAUCCAGCUUCCUCGCAGGCUUGUUGCCUUGCCGAGAGAGAAAUUAUAUAAGCUUUAUCUGUGAAAUCGUUUUGAACGACCAAAAUAUGUACUUAAAUUUAGUCAGGUAGACCGUUAUCCUGUGUAUUUUACAGCUGAGUUCUACAUCUUAAUCCCACAGAUACAUGUUAUUGGUGAUCA